GUAUAUAUCUGCCAGGUAAGUAUGUAUGAAACUUUAUUGUACAAUAACAAUAUCAUUUUUAUCAUUAUAUGCAUUUUUCUUUAUUUUUCAGAUUCAAAUUUGUUGCUGACUAGCACUGGUCCUGCAACAUUAGAUAUUCCGAUAUGGUUCACUGCUGAGCUGACUGAUUAUGAAGAAGGAGAGCAGUUGGAGUGGCAGUGGUCAGAUGAUGUCUUUCAUGCUGAGACGUUUUACAUCAAUAAAGGAGUUGUUCAGUGGAAUAUAACUUAUGAUCACAACACGUAUGCUUGGUAUACUGGGGAAAGGAUUGUUUACUUGUCUGUCAAGAAGAAAUAUGCUCCUCUCAUAUGGGUUUUAAGAGCAAGCAACAGAACCCGUUUCUCAUUGACCUCUCUUUUGAAUGGCUAUGUGUCAGUGGUUCAGCCCAAUGUUACAGCACCUCCAACGCUCAACCACAUUUCAACCACAAAUACAACUAACCUGACUGCAGUCAUUCACGACCCACAUGACUGGUUAAAGCAACGGACAGAAAUGAUUUCUUUGGUGUGGAUCAUUAACGAUAAUAUACAUGCAUCAUGUUCUUCUCCAUCUUUAGUUAUAAACAUAACUGAACCUGGUGACUACAGUAUUCGUGUUAAUGUUUACAUUGAAGUAGCUGAUCAUAUCAUCACCACAACAACUACAACCACGACCACUACCACCACAACAACAACCACCACUACUACACCAAAGCCUAGCAACCAGACAACCACACUAGCACCAGUCACUACUCAAAAACCUACACCACCACCAACAACUCCAACAGUAGCACCGUCCAACAUCACUACCACAACACCAGAACCGCCACCACCCAUUCGACCGAAUUGGAAGUGUGAUGGGUAUUGGCCUGAGUACCCUUCACGCAUUGGAUACGGAAAGAGCAUGUUCAAACCUGGCUACUUCUAUGUUGAUAUAUCUGCAUCAGAGCCCAUAACUCAGGUGAAUGUGACAGGCAACACUUGGUUGAAGCAUGGAGAGCUGUUGAACCUUACUGUUGUUUGUUCUGGCUCACGACCAUGGGGAUAUUGUUAUGAAAUUCACCCAGGCAAUUACAAUGUUACUGGUAAUGAGACUUGUAGUAAUCCAGUCAUGACGAAUGACUGUAACUUCCCCAUCAUCCAUUACUUCAGAGAUGCUGGAACACAUACCUAUCUCCUUAUUAUACAAAAUGAUGUUUCGUUGGAAAUCCACCCAAUAAACAUUGUUAUAUAUAAUGUGGACCGUAAGCCGCAGCUUUCAUAUAUAAUUAUACCAGUGUCAUGCAGCCUUGUGGUAAUAAUUAUCAUUGUUUUUGGCAUCGCCUUCUUCAUUCAGAGUCGACAAAGGUACUCUGUUGAAGUUGCUGAUUUUGACUUUGGUGCCAGUGAAGAGACAGAGUACAAGACUCUUUGUGAACAGUUGAAAGAAGCUUUGACUCAGGCCCUUAAAGGUCAAGAGUGGGAAAGCGAUGAAGAUAACAAAUGGCGAGAUCGGUCACAUGUUGUGGAAAGGCCUAGGAUCCUGGAGGAAGAAGAUUAGUGUUGUGUGCCUUGUAUUUUGUAGGUUUUUUCUGAAACAUAGGAGUAUUACUUACACCAGUAGCAAGUCAUUGGACCAGCUUUUGUUAAGCCUGAAGGCUGCUUAAGUUUGUAUAAUUGUAAAUUUAAAGCAGGUUAUGUGGUUGAAGAAAUUUUGUACCAUGGUAGGUGUUUAGAGAUUGUAUUGAAAUUUUGUUAUAAUGAAUUGUAAAUAAAGCCAUUAUAUUCAUUAAUUCAUAUUACAAGAGUGAACUAUGUACGUAGUUCAUCAGUUUCAUCAUUAUUCUUUGGGUUGGUAUUCAUAUGUGAAUUUUUGGAUGUCUUCCAAGUUGAAGUUUAUGGGAGCUUGGUGCAGUCUUCACUACAGAGGUAGAGGUCAUUCUUUGGCUGUUGAGAGGUGUGAAUUUGAAAUUAUGAUAUUGCCUUAUGCUGAAGCACAAACGCAGCAUUUGUUGAAGUCAUUAUAUAUACAACCAUAUAUAAUUACUUAAAUUCUUUAGUGCUUGUGGUGUGGUCUUAUUCUGUAUGCUUACAGAAUUGUUUUGGUGUCAUGGAUACUCUAGUGUUGAUUAAUUAUAAUAGUGUGAAGUCAUUGGCAUCUUAAAAAAGUCAAGGAUCCUGUGUGUAUGUCCUAGUAAUACUGUUAAUACUAUUAUCAAGGAAUUUUAAUUUGGAAAGAAGCUGUCAAAAAUUCAUACUUUUGGCUUUAUUUACACCAAAAUAUUUUAAAUCCUAUUGUAGUUUGUGUUUUGUGAACAUUAGUUUGAAAUUUUUCAUUGCUGAUAAUUUAAUUUCUAAAGUAUAGAUUUUCACGAAACUUUUGGCUAUCUGUAUAAAAGUUUUCUGUGGGUUUGGUGAUCUUUUUAAAGUAAAGAACUAUAAAGUAUUGAUUAUGUUUUUGACUAUACAUUUGAAGUCCAUCUGGCAUACCAAUUCUAAAGAAAAUCAGAGAUGAAAAAAGUUGGGUGGGUUUGGUGUUUUUUCUUGUUACAAAUAUAAUAUUGUACAGUUCUUGUUCAAGAUAUCCUGAUCCUUAUUUUUAACCAUUUAUGAGCUGCAUACAUUUCAUGUAGUGCAAGUGAAUUACCUGGGUAAAUAUAUUCUUUUAUUUUUAUUUGCAAAAUCUUUAUAGGUAACUUCCUUUUUUAUUUUCAAAUAUAAUGUCUACUUCGUUUUUAUGCUGUUUUAUGGUUUUUCGCAUUGUUUUAAUUUUUUCAAGGAAAACAGAUGUAGCACAGUAUAUCAUAUCAUCAUUAUCACAUUUAUUAUUAUUACCAUAGGUUACAGAAAAGUAUCGGGUUAUGAUUAGAAGGGAAACAUAACUGAAAAUCUAAUAUUGGCCAUUUGUGUUCAUAAAUUUAUAAUGUAUUUGUUCUCGUAGGCUCUAGUUAAUCUCGGUUAGUGAAGUGUAAUAAGUAAGUGUUAUCUAAUUGCAUAUCUGGUUUUUGUAUAAGAAGUUCUUAAUUUGUAAAUUGAAUAUUGGUAAUAAUUUUAAAUUGGUUAGAAUGUUAAAAUUUUUAAUAUGAAUUUUUGUUUCGUGAUAAGUUUUAGGCCUCAAAUGCUUUUCCACAUUGAACCAAGUUCUGGUCUAUAUAUAGCGUCACUCUCGUCGUCUUGCAUAUUAAUAGGAUUUAGUUGGGGAAAGAGUAAUUAUGCAGAUUUUCAAUAUGUUGUGUGUAAUUAGCUACUGCACAAUCUUCCCUUAAUGUGCCGUAUUCUCCUCCAUGUAACUCUGCUUGCUGUGAGGAAAAAUCAAAGUAAAAUAGAAAUGUUGAGAUUACCUGUAAUGCUUCUUUGAUUGUGCAUAACAUUCCUCUCUCAGUGACUGUGCAUGAACAAGAAAUUCAAGGCAUGUAAUAUAUAUGAGAGCAGAGGCUCAAAUUAGGUUCUUUUACCAAUUCCAUGCACUGUAGAAGUGUUUUGUAGUAACUUUUAAUCCUAGUUUGACUAAAAUUGUAUAUUUAGUUUUUGCACCAUUUGUUAUUGUGUAUUACCAUUAGUUAAGAAGCAGUAUUUUGUUAUUCAGAUUAUGUAUUUAACAUACUGCCUACAUUUUAAUUUUAAUAGGCAUUAUCAUUAAAAGGAAUUGUUAGUUCCAAGGCACUAAAAUUAAAGUGAGAUUUAGUGACCAAAAUCAAACAUGAUAAAAAUAUGUCAAAAAAUUAUUUAGAAUUUUUACCAUAGGGACAGUUGAAGAUUACUCUGCUAGUUUCUGAAUAUUGUCAACUUUGCAACCAAUAAGUAUUUUUCAUGAAAAUCUAAGCUUAAGUUACCAUUGAAGUAAUAAACCAUAGUAAUGGAAGUUAUAAACCAAAUUAAUCCUAAAUUUCUAUCUAUGGGCAAAGAAACCAUGGCCUUAGCUUGAGUUGGAAUCAGUUGUUGAAACUGGGUAACAAGGUGUAGUUAAUUUGUGGUAAAUAGGCGAGGUCGGAGCAGGGACUGAGGAAUUCCUCUCACCUGCUAUCAUCAAACACUUUUUCUUGUAAUUGAAUAGAACUGAAUAUAGAAUUUAGACCAAAGACCAAGCAAUGGGACCUAUGAGGUCAUUCUGUGCUUAAAUGGAAAUGGGCAGUGAAAGGUUUGAAACUUGUAACAGGAGGAAAACCUCAUAGUUGCACUAUGAAUCAACUCUUAGGGGGGGGGUGGGAAAGCAAGAUGGAAGACGGAGAAUAUGAAGAGGUAGAGUCAAAGGAACAAAAGGGGUCACAGCUAGGGGCUGAAGGCAUGUUGCAAAGAAUCUUAAGAGAUGAUGCCUACACUGCACUGCAAUAGUUGAACUGACCGUACUAGCUUCCUACGGGAAGGACUUUUUCUUCAGACACGGCAAGUUACGAUGUUUUUCUGCUCUCUGACUGAUCAUAAAGUUAAAAAUUAUUUUAUCUCUUUUAUUGUAUGUAUAGUGUUUUUUUAAGUGGAUCUGAAUCAGAUCAAUAAACAAAUCAUGUUGUGGAGAAUGUUGAAAAAAAAACAAAAAACAAAACAAACUUUAGUUGGCCCCCAAGUGAUUCCCUCCCUUCUUGAAGGUUGGCAAAUGUAUUUGUUCACCUUUGGUUGGGAUGCUUUUAGUAGGUAGGGUUGACACCGAGUUCUCUGAGUAGGGAUGUCUGAUGUAGGUUCGGUUCAGAAACAUGAGGACGGUCCUGAGCUUUUCCCAUUCUUACUUUUGCUAAGGUUCGCAUAGGGUUCUGCUCUUUUGGUCUAGAACCCAAGAAGCCUGGAAAAUGCCUGCCAGCAGCACAUGCAACAUUUGAAUGAGUUUGCCCUCCUUGUCAGUCUGAUUUACCAAGUGAUCAACCAAGUGUAUGCUACUUUGGGUCUUGUUGGCUCCAUGCCAAGCUGUAUCCCAGUCUGCUAGCUUUUUUGGUGGAGGCACCCAUGUAUUCCAAUUUGGCCCAUUUUUUCUCUUUUAGCCACACAUUUUGAGGUAGCCUUAAUUACUUUAUGCCAGGAGUAGACAAUCCCUAACGUGUCACACACAAGGUCAGAGGCUGGUUAGAGGUACUUUGUAGCAGAUUGUGGACUUACUUACCACCAUCUUCAUCAAGACACAGUUCCUUCAGUCACAAUGGUGAACCCUGUUACUCUGCUUGCAGUCAAGGCUUCUGAAUUAAGGGCAUUGAUCUCUCUUCCUCUCUAAGUAAUGUUGUCCAUACUUAUAGGAUCUGCAGUUUUACCCACCUCAUUAACUUUUGCCUCCAGAGAGCCCUUGGUAGGGGUCAUCACACAAGAUAUCGCCCUCAAAACUGCUCUGCCAGCCUAAUCCUUGUCAUGUAUGUUGUUGUGCAGCACAGCCCUUUGUAUCUUAUGUGACUCUCAGAUUCCUCAUGUUCUCACUCCUGAGUUUGUGGAAAACUCAGAAGCUACCAAUUUCUGACAGGAUUUGAGACUCUUGAUCCACUGCCUCUUAAAGCUUGUUAGAGGGGAGCUGGAUGAGAUGCUUUGGUGCUCAGUGCUAACUUUGCAACACUAUCUGAUGAGGAUCUAACCUCAAUAGCCAAUCUGUCUUUUGUAGUAUGUACUAGAAGCCAUAAGGUGGUGGUGUUCAGGACACUGGCCUCAUGAAGUGAUCAAGUGGAUAUACAUGUAGAUAUAACUUCAUUAUGUGACAAGGAUGGUCAUCCAGUCUGGGCAAGAGCUCAUAAAGCAGGGGCCAUUUGCCCAUCCUUAGCCAUUCAGAGAACUGUUUGCUUUUCAAGAUUUGAGGGCAACUGGUAGCACCAGACUACCCUUACCUUAUUGCACCUCAGGAAAAUCACACAAAUUCUUAAGGAUCCAUAGUGGUUGCCCAACAGAUUGUGUAGUCUCCAAGAUAUUCUCAGUCGAAAGAGCAACUAACCUAAUUUACUUGGAUAACAUAAGGCUGGAAGUUGGAGUGGAUAAUUGACAUAUGGUUUUUCACCUGUGGGGCAGCAUUCAGGUCGAGUACAUGUUGAAUGGGCCACAAUCCAGUUGGACUUCACAGUUGGGGCAUUGGCUCAUUAGGUAUGACUUCCUCUGCUUUCCCUUUAAAUGGGGACGGGAGUGGUUAAAGCUACUUUAACCCCACUGUGCCUGUCCAAGGUACUAGCUCUGCCUUCUGACCCAUGGUACACCAUCUUUAGGACACUUUUAGAAUCUUUAGGACACUAGGUUCUCCCAAGUUUUCCUAGAAUCAGUGUUUAGAUACAACUCAUUGUAGCUCAGAGCCCUUUCAAUGAUGCCAGAUUGUACAGGAGGUUACAGUUGUUGAUAUUCUACUCUGUUUAGAUAGAGAUUUGACUUGCCAGUCAGUUAUACAUGAAAGUUGGUUUGUAUUCCUGUAAGAAUAAAUCACAAAUUUAUUCAUUUGUUUUUCUUAGGUAUACAAACCAGAGCUUUGUUUCAUAAUCUCAUCUCAGCCUUUCCAUGCAUUCACAUCCUUGAUGCCAAAGGAAGAAAUGCUUGAUAAUGGCAGGUUAGUGUAGGAUUCCCCCCACCUCCCCACUUGCCUAUCUAUAUUGGUCCUUAACUACAAGUUACAGUUCUAAGUUUCAGCAACUGAGUACAGCUUGGACUUGCUCAGGUUUGCAGACCUAGGAAAAUUACCUUAAAAUUUUGAUAUGCACAUAUUUCUGGAUUGUCUUGAAAAUACUCUUUCUUAGGUAGAAAUUUGUAUUUUUUUAAGACAAAGGAAAAGAAUUUUAUUGGUUUUAAGUUCAUGCAAUAUGUUUUGUAUAAAAUGUAUGUACUGGUUUUGAAUUACUAAAAGCGUUUCAUCAUGACUAAGGUUAAAAUAUUUAGUUUUCAUAUCUUUUGAGAAGACAUGUUUACAACUGCUUCCUGAAAGAAAAUACCUUUAUUUAAAUUAAAAUCAAAAUUGACUUUCGGAUAUUUUCGUUUCCUCGUAAAUUUGGUCAACAAACAGUGUGCAUUUCUUAUGUGGAAACUUUUGAUUUUUCUUGCAUAACUGGUUGAUUUUUCCCAAAUUAAGUAGUACACAGUAUGUUAAUCCCCUCAUGCUAUGAAAA